UUUUUUGCUCUCUCUCCACUCCCCUCCUGUGCUGUCCCCACCCCAGAUUCCCGUGCAAUUUUCCCCAAUCCCAAACACUUAAUUGAGCAAUUGGGAUUCCUCACGUGUGGGCUGAUUUGUAGUUUGAACACGUGGCUCAUUCAAAAAAGCCGGAAUAGCAGCGGAUUUUUUUUUCUCUCUCUCUCUCUCGCUCUCUCUCUCUCUCCCUCCCUCCCUCCCUCUCUCUCCCCCUUCUCUUGCUGCUUCUUCUUCUUCUUCUUAUUCCAGGCUCUGGACUCAGAGGCGGGCACCAGCCUUACCGUGUGUGUGACAUUCUCUGUCUCUUUGCCAAAAAAGGGGUUUUGGAGGAAGACGCGCAAAGUAGUUUCCCCUCCUUUAUUUUCCCUACCCAGCCCGCCACCGUUUGGAGAUUAAUAAUUGAGCGUUUUAUUUAUUUGCGCGAUAGAUAGAGGACGAGAGGGGCGAAGGGAGCGCACCACGCACUGUGUGAGGCUGCCAGUUUAAAUCUAUCUGUGGCUUGAACGGACCGGGAAGCACGCCACGGCCACUCCGUAGUAGUAAAGGCGAUUUAAGGGCUACUCCAAAACAGUGCACGUCCGCGAGCGACGAGCGAACAACUACUAUCUCUCCCUCGGCGUAAAAAGAAAAAGAUUCUACUCCCCGACGCAGAACAUGAAUAAGCUAUACAUUGGCAACGUGAGCGCAGAAGCGAGCGAGGAGGACUUGGAAAGUAUCUUCGAGCAGUGGAAGAUUCCGCACAGUGGUCCGUUUCUUGUCAAAACUGGCUAUGCGUUUGUGGAUUGCCCUGACGAGAAGGCUGCCAUGAAGGCCAUCGAUGUUCUUUCAGGUAAAGUUGAACUUCAUGGGAAACUUCUGGAAGUUGAACACUCGGUCCCUAAACGUCAAAGGAGCUGUAAACUGCAGAUCAGGAACAUCCCGCCUCACAUGCAGUGGGAGGUUUUGGAUGGUAUGCUUGCUCAGUAUGGUGCAGUCGAGAGCUGUGAACAAGUCAACACUGACACAGAGACUGCAGUCGUCAAUGUUCGAUACACAGCCAAGGACCAGGCCAGGCUGGCAAUGGAGAAGCUGAAUGGAUCUAUGAUGGAGAACUAUGCCUUGAAAGUGUCCUAUAUCCCAGAUGAAACGGCAGCGCUGGAGGGUCCUUCACCGGGGGGCAGGAGAGGCUUUAACUCACGGGGACCCCCUCGCGCAGGCUCUCCAGGUCUGGGCGCGCGGCCCAAAGUGCAGUCAGACAUCCCACUGCGCAUGCUGGUUCCAACGCAGUUUGUAGGCGCCAUCAUCGGCAAGGAGGGUGCCACUAUUCGCAACAUCACCAAACAGACCCACUCAAAGAUUGACAUCCACAGGAAAGAGAACGCAGGCGCAGCAGAGAAGCCCAUCACGAUCCACUCCACCCCUGAGGGAUGUUCGAACGCCUGCAGAACCAUCAUGGAAAUCAUGCAGAAGGAAGCCAUCGACACAAAAUUCACUGAGGAGAUUCCACUGAAGAUCCUUGCACACAACAACUUUGUAGGAAGACUAAUCGGGAAGGAAGGACGCAACCUGAAAAAAAUCGAGCAGGACACAGAGACCAAGAUCACAAUCUCACCUCUCCAGGACCUGACCCUGUACAACCCAGAGCGGACCAUCACAGUCAAGGGCACCAUAGAAGCAUGUUCAAGAGCUGAAGAGGAGGUGAUGAAGAAGGUCGGGGAGUCUUAUGAGAGCGACAUGGCUGCUAUGAAUCUCCAGUCCAACCUGAUUCCAGGCUUGAAUCUGAAUGCUUUGGGUUUGUUCCCCAGCGGAGCACCAGGCAUGGGUUCCAACAUGACCAGUGUCCCACCCCCUGGAGCCCACGGUGGAUGUUCAUCAUUUGGAGUAAGUGACAGUCUUAAUGGCCCAGCACACUAGCAGUACAAUCCCAGCACUGGCUGUGUUUAA